GUUUCCAGUAUAAAAACGCGACGAACCGUUAGAAGGGUUCCACACACCUUGUUUUCUCUGUUCAGCGCUCUUAGCAGGAACUAACAGCUCCAUCACCAUGAACGCCCUUCUCGCAGUUCUCGGACUCGUCUCCGUCGCCUCGGCCGGUUUCGUCGGCGGCUACGGCGGCUACGGUGCUGGCCUCGGCUACGGCCACGGCUACGGCCACGGCGUGGCCGUUGCCGCUCCGGCCGUCACCAAGGGAGCCUCCUUCUCCUACGGCCACAGCGCUGGUGGAGCUGCCAUCCUCGUCGGCGGACAUGGUCACGGUGGCUACGGAGGCUACGGCGGCUACGGAGGCUACGGAGGCUACGGAGGCUACGGAGUCGCCGUCGCUGCUCCAGUUGCCGUCGCCCGCCCCGUGGUUGUCGCCCGCCCCGUAGCGGUCGCCCGUCCAGUGGUUGUCGCCCGUCCCGUGGCCGUUGCUGCUCCAGUGGCCGUCGCUGCCCCAGUGGCCGUCGCCGUCGGUGGAUACGGUCUUGGCCACGGACUCGGCUACGGCGGACUCGGCUACGGCGGAUACGGCUUCGGCGGCUACGGCUACGGACACAAGGGCUGAGCACGGACAGGAGAGUUCGCUGGAUGCCCUCACCUCAUCGGCACGUCAACGCGCUGGACUUACGCUAGUUGACUCGGCCAUAGAAAAUUUUUAAAUUAUACCUGUAUACACUUAGGAGGACUACGUCAAGCUCUUGUCAUUCGACGCCAAAUGAAAAAAAAAGAGAACGCAUAUACGUAGCAUGCGGGAUGCCUUGGGAAAUAAGUGUUGAUCUGGUUUCAUAUUACACUCCGGGGCAGCUAAAUCUGUACAAUAUAUUGCCAAAAGAAUUGUUUUUUUUUCUUGCUUCGUGGGCAAGGCUGCUUGAAGGGUCUGUUCAAUAAAAAAGUGCAUCAUGAAGUGCCAUA